UUCCCCCUCCCGGUUCUUGGCUUUCGGCUUCCUACCGGGGAGGCGAGGCGUCCUCUGGAGGGAGGGCAGGUUUUCUCCGGCGAUGGUGCUGGCGCAGCCCGAGGAGCCAAAGGGUCAGCAACCCCUGCUGACCUUGGAGAGCCCUGGGCGAAAAUGGCUCGAGCCGCUCGCGGGGUAGACCUGAGUUUCUUAAACGAGGAGGAAGCCGAGCAGAUCUUCCACGUGCUGGAGCGGGACUCCCAGCUGAAAAGGGCAGAGAAGGAAAGGCUCAGCAAACUUCAUAAGAAUAAAGAAGAUACAGCAGAGCUUCCGGGAGUGUCUGGAAAGUGGUUUGAAGAAAUACAGAGGAGAAAAUUUCAGAAUGAAACUGACAUCUCCAAAAUGAUAAAACAACCACUAGCGCAUAGGCUGAGGAAAGCCAUCAAAAACGAUUCUACAGUUGUGAAGCCCUCUGCCCCGCAAAGGCCUCAAGCCCAGAAAAAUGGAUCGCCUUCCAUCCUGGGAGGAUUGCGGACACCUUUCGCUUCAUUCUUCUCCUCCUUCCGAAAACCAAAAAGGCAGCCGUUGAAGCCUCCAUCUUCACCACCUCCGCAGCGCCAUCACCCUCCACGAUAUGACCGCUUUGCUCCGGGUCGCCUUGCAUCUUCCAAAGUGGAGGAAAUGACAAAGACUGAAACGUGCAACUCUCCUUUGGCCACCAAACUGACAAGUAAGCGGUUUGAUGCGAAGCAAGCUGAGGUAAUGGAAGACAACUCAUCUACAUGGAAUGAGCAGCUGGAGAAUGAGCUCUUACGGGUUCUAGGAAAUCUGGAUGAGCAGUUGGCACACGAACAAGCCCAAGGUAUUGUGAAAAGAAGGACUACAACUGACUAUGGCUCCAGAACAUCAGAUGCCCAUCAGUAUCCUACUGUUACCAGACAGAGUUUCCAGAGAGGAGUACAGAGGAAUAACCGCAGCAUGUUUUUGUCCGAUGAAACAAGGACGAUAAGAGCCAAAGAAGAACCCAAAAAUUUCUUCCGACCAAGGACAUUUUAUGAUACAUAUAUGAAAAAAUACCACACGGAAGACUACGCGAACCAGGAUGUUUUAGACAGACGGUCCCCUGUUCCAAAGAGAUGGUGUUCUACACGUUCUCUCGGACAUUCCUCUGAGGGCAGCUUGGAGUAUCUUUCAGGUCUACAUGGUAGUGGAUUUCGACAUAGGGACUUCUCAGGCACAGAUACAGUUAGCAGAAGUUAUUCUUUGUCUUCUCUUUCAAGACGCCAGUCUUCAGGAUCUGUUGAUCAGCUUUCUACAGAAAGUCUGCAACAUCCUUUAGCUCCAGAAGGCAACAGAAGGUUCACACAAAGGAACUAUCACCACUAUUCCAAGCGGACUCCCCUAUCGUCUAUUGUAUGGAACACACAACACUCCUCAGAACGUCCGUUAGAUCAAGACAGGAUACUAAGGACGCAAUCCUUAAUGGAAUUUGGCCCUAAAUUUGAAGAUACGUAUCAUUAUUCUCCACGGGACAAUACAAAAUAUGAAUUUUACAGAUCAAAAGGCAAUUAUGGAAGAGCAGUACCAAGUUCCAGUCAUUCAAGCAGGGUUGGUUAUCCUGAGAAGCUUACAGACCCUCUGUGUUUUGAUAAUUGGGAAAAUUAUGCAUUGCAUCAGCCAGAAAGGAAUAUUACAAGCCCUCGCUACAGAUAUUCAUCAUUGCGUGGUAGGACGCAACACUUCCACAAGAAAUUUCCUUCUGGAAAAAUGGAGGGGCAGCUUUUGGGGCCUGAUAGUAACCAGUAUUAUAAUGACAAUUCCUUUUUUGCCUCUGCUGCUGACUUUGAAAGGAUUCCAACUAAUGUUAAUGACUGGCAGAGAGCCUGUGCCAGAAAUGUUGGUUUACAGCAACAUGAGAGCAAUGCUCAAGAUAAUGUAUCGGAAAACAUGAGGAACUUGAAUCGUUUGGAAAGUGAAACAACAGAAGAAUUUUUAAAGCACACAAAAGGCAUAGAGAACUGUCCAAUGUAUGCCUCAGCAGCUCCUUUGCCUUUCACCAGAGCAAGGACUUCCAGUAGGUCUGCCCUAUCUGAUUCAAAGGUCUCAGCAAAAUAUGCAGCACAAAGGCAGAAUCUAUUCACUAGGACUGGUCAAAUGUCCAUAAAGCCUUUGGUUACACACACUCAGAGCAAGGAAAACUUCCAAACGCUUACAUCAGAAGAGUGGAGGGAUACCGGGCAAUCAAGCAGAGCAGGCAUCGGUGACCUUAAAGAAGCGACAUUGGAACCAGCUUCUGUAGAAGUGAAUACAAACCAUCCAACUGAAUCGCCUCCUAAGAAUAUUUCGGCAGCUAUCCCAGAAACCAGUACAUCUCUUAAGCCCCCUUUCUCACUGGGUCCAAACAUGCAAGCCAAAUCAGCUUCUUCAAUGGAUACUGGAAAAAAGCAUUUAUCAAACGCUCAGAACAGACACAGACAAAACAAUGAAAAUGAUUGUGUCUUGAACAGUGACCUUGAUCAAGUAUCUCGGUUAAUUGGUAACAGGACAAGAGAUUCGUUUUUUCAAAGCUUGCAUCAGGGGACGCAGCAAUCUGAAAGCUUGAGAGCAUCCAUGCACAACAAGAAGCAUGAGAAUAUUUGUUCAUCUGGUUUUGGUAGAGCCUGGAGAGCAUUUGAAUGUGAUGAAUUAUCAGAUCUUUGCACUGAAAAGUCGAAUAAGCACAGUACUUUUGUUAGACAUACAACUAGCAACAGUAUCACUGGCUCUCCCAAUAGUAGUCCUCCUAAAUCUCCAGUUAUGCAUUACUCCUUACCUAGAAAAUCUGCCAGUAUUGAUGGUAGCGUUAUGUCACAGAAACCUCUCUCUUCUCCUAAAAGAAGAGUCCCAUUUAAAAACCAGGCAGCUAUGGAAGAUAAUUUAGAGACACUUGUAUCAAAUAGAAAUGAAAGACAUUCUUUGAAUCAAAGAGACAACAUUGCCUUUGUAAAUCCAGCCCAUUCUUCAUUACUUAAAGAUGUCACCUAUGAAGGAAACAUUCCACAAAUGGAAGGCCACCAUCGACUGAUUGCCCAAGAUCCCAGUCACUCCUUAAGUACCACUAAGAUUCUCAGAAAAUCAGAAACAAGCACAGUCACGUGUUGCAAAGACAAAAUGGAAACUUCUGUGCUCUCUGACUGUGAGGAAAUAGAUGCAGGAAAUUCUUUACAGAAAUGCAAAACUACCAGUAUGGUUACAGUUAGCGUUGAUGAAGAUAACAUCAAAUACCACGAGCUGAUUUCAGUUUAUUAUACAUUACCACGGAAACAUUCACGAACGUUGGGUAACCUCUUUCUAGAAGACUCCAAUAAUGCAGGUUCUUCUGCACCCGCAGGACAGAGCCCCUCUAAGAAAUAUGUCCGUGCCGGUUUAGAAGCUGUAGGCUUUCCUUCCAAUUUAGAAAAAAGAGAUUUCCCUUCCAAAACAUCUACUGUACCUAAUACAUCACAGAACUCGAAAAUUUCAGGUGAAGUCAAUGAAGAAGGCCUCCAUGAUAGAAGUCCCGUUACGGACUUCAUCCUUGCUCCUCAUUCACAACUUAUGGGGAGCGAUAGAAUAGAAGCAGCACAACAGCUCAUGGAUGCUCAAGCACUUAGUGGCAACAUACCACUAAGCAUUAGCACAUCAAAGCCGAAAAUUCCAUCAGGGAAUGCCGCUGCACUAUCUUCUACCAUAAACACUAGGAGCACUCAGAAGGAGAGUCCCUUAGGCUGUCAGCCUUUUGAUGAAUCAACUGUGAGCAACAAUCCGCCUGUUCUUUCUUUUUGUUCAAUCAAUAACAAAGAAAGGAAAUGUACUUCAGAUCCAGUCACUGAUGCCACAGUGAGAUCUAUUGAAGAGAAAACUAGGCGAGACGCAAAGGUCAAAGAGCGGGCUCGCCAUAUAUGCCAUAUCCUUGCCCUACAUAGCAAAAAGGGAAAUGGGCUGCAACCAAGAAAUGGAAGUGUCACAAGUGGCGUAGCUGAAACAUUAACUUCAGAUGCCACUGUGCAGUCACAUUCUGAGAACCAAACACUUCAGGUGGAAACAGUUGCUACAGUAGAUCCAUCACUUCAACGAAAUAUUCCUGUUGCGUGUGCUUUGAAAUCUCCAGAAUCUAACCAAGAGCAGAUGCUUCAGGAUAACCCAAUAUACACAGCUCGUACACGCUUGCAGAUUUCUGUGAUUAACUCAGGAGAUAACCAGAACUGUACCUCAGAAGAUCAGCUUCCAAAUACCACACCGGAUUUGCCUGAUGGUUCAACAACUGAAAAUAAUCCUGCCGUGGCUGAUGCUCAAGAUAAAUAUGAAAUAGAAAAAAGGAAAAACAGGGCCUCCAUUAAAAACAAACUGGCAACCAUGUGCAAAACAAACCGAAAGUUGUCUAGUAGGAAAAACUUAAAUCCUAAACCACACGUAAGUAGUAUAUUUUCACAGAAUGAGACCCCUUCUUCAGAGAUUAGUGAGCCUCUGUUGAUUUCCUCAGUUGUUCCCCAGUCCUUUCUGCAAAUUGGGGAUGAGAACCAGAACCAGAACUUUCUGCCUGCUGAGCUUGAUGGCACAAUGUCAGGAAAAUCUGAGAACAAGAAACAGCAAACUCAUGAGGGACCUCCAUUGGUUACCAAUGAGAACAGGAGGCCUUUUGCAAACUUGUGCAAUCAGAAAAGGGAAACUCACAGUUCCAGACAGAGUGAUAAAAAAACAGAGAACAACAUCCUAAACCUUACAGGUUUAUGUCAAAAAGAAAGCUUGUCUACACUAAAUAAUAAUUCUCAAGCAGAUGAUGGCCUAGAAAACAGCAAUUGCCCCAUAGUGUCCAGAGUUACUGCCGGAGAUCCUGGCCAAAAGAAAAAAGAUGUCGCAACUAUUGGUGAAUCUUCCUCAUUUCCCCUUCCGUCUGAUGAAAAGUCAAACAGUCUUACUAAGAAUUAUUCAAAGGUAAACAUUGGUCCACAACAAAAGGCAGUUCCCCCCACAGAAUAUGAUCACUAUCAAAAUGUUAUGCAUACAAAUAGGUUAAAACAUCAAAACCUCCCCCAUGCUGAGUCAAGUGCUAGCAAACCACAGCGUGAACGCCAUUUUUCUGAAAGUUCCUACACACGAGAACCCCACAAGGCCCUGAUCUCAAAGAGCAGCCUGAUUGGCUACAACAGGAGGAAGUUUAAUUCUUAUUCUGAAUUGUUGUCCUGUGAUGAGAAUCAGAAUUGGGAGUCCUACGAUGAUCCUAACAGGACUUUUGGAUCGAGGCCCAUAAUGUAUCCGUCUGUUGAAUUUGGCAUUUUUGGGAAAGAGCAACAGCAAGCUUUCUUGGAUAAUAUAAAGAGAUCACUUACCGAGGGACGGUUGUGGAGGCCAUGUCUUCUGAAGAAUCCUGGUUUUCUCAGAAAGGAAGAGGGCUGUUCCUUGAACAUGCCUGAGUUCUUGACCUCAAGUUCUACCGAGAGAAAUAAGUUAGAAGGUGGUUCAUCUGAGAGUGGGCCUGUUGAGGUCUGUGGGGAAGGCCCAGCAGAUUCUUCAGAGUCAGACUCUGACACUACUACAGAUGAUGAAUACUACCCAAAUGAGCUUGACAAAGAAUCAGAACUUUGAGAGGCUGUAAAAUGAGAUGAAGAAAAAGUUUUUAUCUUAAAACAGUUUGUUAGUUCUUGGGCAGAUGCAGCGCAGUGAUCUCCUCCUCGUCACACAUGUGACUAUGGUCACUGGAAAAAUCACAAAAAUUUGUUCUACCUUGUGCACAACUGAUCCCCUCUGCUUAAUCCUGAAAAGAAUGCUUGGUAUUCUGGUAUUCAUCAUGGUAGUGGCCGGGCUGGUGGGGGGUGGGGGGGCAGAUGACCAUUUGGCCUGGGUUUCAAGAUCAAAGUGAGGCCUCAAAUCUUGUUUCACAGUUUUGUAUGUGCAUCUUUUGUCUUGUCAUUUUAAAAAAAUUAUUAGGGGUACAAGGCUCAAAAGCUGAAAAUGGCUUUGGGAUUUUUGAGGCAGAAGAGAUGGCAAUGUGAAUGUAGUAAAAGUUCUUGGGAAAGGGUUAAUCUUGUUAAUUGCCUCUCAGGGUUUUUAUGCCAUUAAUAGUUACGGAAUGAGCAGAAAUCAGUUCUAAAACCUUCCUUAGCACUGAAAUGGGGAAAAACUUCACCUGCGGAAUAUGUGCUGUAAUGUCAUUUCUGAUGGCGCACACGAGCCCAUCUGUUGGGGAGGUGGAAAAGUUUUGGGGCUGGGUCUGUGCAGCAGAAUGAGGUGACGGAAUUCUGGGGUGGAAGAUUGGUCAGUGCCAUUUUGGAGCGCAGGUGGGGAGAUUUGCAUUGUUAACAUUUCUCCAUUUUUUUAAAGGCCUGCAAAUAAUACAUUGGCAUAUCAGAGAGAAAAAUUCCAGGAUAGACCUUUGCCUACUGUGCUGGUUUCCCCUUAACAAGGAACUAUUUAUGUGAACUUUGAAAAUGUAAUCCCUGACCUACAAACUGAAGUGGCAUAGUGAAGAAAGAUCAGUAUAUGUUUAAUUCCCCUCACUGAAAUGAGUGGGAUUUAAAGGCUGCACUUGUAUACAUGAGGGGCUGCCCCUUUAACUGGUAGCUACAAGGCCCCGGUCAGUGCUGGCUACUUGGUUUAGCUUGCUACAGGACUGUUAACAUCCCAGUUUGCCCCUCACUUGGCAGUACGGACCACUGAACUCAUUUCUUAUUAAGCAUGCACAGGAUAGGACUGGAAAUGGCCAAAGUGUUGAUCUGUGCCUUCUUUCUCCUUUUUAAAAUUAUCAAUAAGUACCAACAUUUUAAAACUGGUACUUAAAAUUGGUACUUUUAAAUUACUGAAUGCUUCGUUAAAGAAGUGUGUUUGUGUGUGUGUGUAUGGUUUCAUUGUGUGCUUUUAAGUUUAAAUUCGGUGUUAUUGUGUGAUGUUAUUGUUGUACAGGUGAUGACUGACGAAAACCCUAUUUAUAUUCAGAGUGGUUCAAACAACCAUAACUGUUCUGAUAGCAUUUGAAAGCACAAAGUACACAUUACUUUUUUUUUCAAAAGAAAUUAUUUAAAUGUAAAUUAUUCUGAUUCAUUAAGUAAAUGGAUCUAAUCAACAAAUACAGCCUCCUGUACCAAAAAGGAAGAAGUAUUUGGAUUCCAAGACUGUACUGCAGAAAGAUUAAAACAAUUGUCCCGGUGACAAGAAGUCCAGCAUGCACAGCACGUGCAAGAUAAACGUUUACAUAGAUAUAAAAUAUUAUAUCAUUGUUUUUCUGCUUUUUUGUUUCAGACUUUGCACUUUUUGUUCUUUUGUAUUUUAUAAUAAUUUUCUUUCUCUGAGAUUACUUUUGAAGGAAAUUCUGCCUCUGGGUAGAUAGGCAAGGGUCUCGCCCACCUUUUGAACACAUGGUAAAUGUAUAAAGAUAAUGGGGAGCUAUAAACUGCAGAGGGGUAGCCGUACUUUAGUCUGUUGCAGUAAAAUUAAACAGGAGUCCAGACAAAUAACAUUUAUUCUAGCUAAAGCUUUUGUGAAUCAGAGUUCAUUUAAUCAGAUACAUCUAAUGAAGUGAACUCUAACUCGUGAAUGCUUAGAGUAGAAUAGGUUUUUGUUAAUCGUUAAGAUGCCACUAGACUCCGGUUUAAUUUUGCUGGGAGCUAUAAUAUGCCUUUAUUUAAGCUAUAUGUUGAUUGAUAUAGUUACAUGUUAAUAUUGGUUUGCUUAAUUCCACAUUUAGCAAAAACAACA